AUGCUCGUCCAGGUGGAGUUGCAGGGUAAAGUGAAGUGGGUACGUGUCCCCACCAAUGAUGACCGCUUCGACUACAGGAGAUUCAUUGAAGAGAUUUCAGCUAAAUUCAACUUGCCAAAUGGAUCUGAGGUGGACCUGAAGGACUCCUCAGGAGUGGAUGUGGAGGAGGAUAUCUUUGAUGAGCUACUGGGAUCAGCCACUGUGUCUUUCAAGGCAUUUGUGAAGAACUCCGUGGAUAAUGAGGUAUUUGAAACCUCUUUCUGGUCGGAGGAGGGGACAUCAUUUUCUCCUGGGUCUACAUCGUCUUCAAUUGAGUCUGGAAAUACCUCCAUAAGUACAGCCUCCACAGUGCUUACAGAGAGCACCAAAGCACAGAGAAGGCAACUGAUUGAGGGACCACCCGACAGCAAAGUAGCUAAAGAUUUGGUGUAUGUAGCUUUGCAUCAUAAGCGUGGGGGUGAAGAGGUCAUCAAAGAGUACAACCGGACUAAUGGCCUGACUGAUCAAUCAAGAAGAAAACUGGUCAAUAUCUUGGUCGCAGAUAUGAUCGAGAGUCACGGGAGGGUACCACCAGUUAAUGUCCGCAUCACCUACGCGCUUGGAAUUGUGACCCUUUUCCCCAAUCUGAAGGAUAAAGCUUCACCAACUGGCUAUGAGCCUUACUACGAUCCUCGCAGUGGGCAGGGUUACCUGGCCUACAGAUUGAAAACUGUUCAACGCACUACUUCAAGCGACUUCAAGAAGAGGUCCAAGCCUGGUCAACAAGGAGGCCCGAAGAGCCUGCGUGAGACUUCAUCAUCUGAGCAGCUGUUGGGGGAGGAGUGUAAUGAAGCAAUGUCCAUGAUGAAGCAUACAACGGACCAAGCAACGGUGAAGGGGAAAAUGAAGGCAACAUUCAAACAUCGACAAGAGUUGCUGCAUGAUCCAGCUCAAUCCUCACUCAUCUUAGAUCACUUCCCACGCUUCUUAGAUACCCCAGGCUUGAUUGACCAAGACUUCACACUGCUGUUUGGGGAAAAUGUAUCUGGCAAGUUCGUUUCCAAAUGGCCAACAUUCUACAAGCCCCGGAUCAUCACUGUCUGCAAAGGCCUUCGCCCUGGUCCUCAUCUGGAUGAUCUUCUUUCUGCUCAGGAGGCCUCCAAUGAUGGGUGGGAUGGUGACCUGGCAGCCAUACUCUUGCUCCUUCAUCUCUUGCCUCCAACCGCCAAAGGAAAAGAGCAUGGUAAAAUGAGUGCCGCAGACGCUGUUGCCCAUGUCAUGAAUUUCAUGAAGGUGGGGACAAGCAUGACGACCUACCUUCAGGAUGUUGCAGCUACCCAGCCCUUCCUGCUCUGCGUUGGAGAAAACAAGUCCAAAAUUCAGAAGUAUUACAUUGUGCUCGACCAGAAGGCCUUGCCAUGCAUGGCACACACUGCUGUGGCUGCCUUUGAUGAACUGUUCAAAUCCCACUUCGUGUUUGCAGUGGCCUACGACGACGCAUUGUUCAACUUCUACACAUUCCUGCAAACAACCGUCUACGGCAUUGAUGUAGCAACGGCAAAGGAGAGUCCAAGGGUGAAGGAAAUACGAGCAAGAAUCGACAGCACUUAG